GCCACACUCAAAUACGCUGCUGAAGCAAACCUUGCAUGAACACUACUACUUCUGGUUUGGGGAGAUGGCGUUGUCAGCGAUAGAGCCAGGGCUAAGCCCGGGGACAUUACCGACAGAGGAGUCCGUAGUACCAGCUUCUAUAUUCGCACCGGACUGUGGGGAUGACCUUUCCGGGGGAGAGUGCUUCGAAGACGGCGAGAAUGCUAACGGCGAGUCCGAGGAUCAUUUAGACUUCACUAGCAAGCUGACUCUGGUCAGCCCCACAGGAGAACAGUAUGACUCGUUACUACGGCAACUCCGAGAGAGGAUGGAUGAAGGAUGUGGGGAGACCAUUUAUGUUGUGGGAGUGGGCUCAGACGGAGGUGACUAUGGUCUGGACGAGGGGGACAUGGAGGCGUCAGUGGCCACGGUUCAAUCCCUGUGUGAGCAGAUGGAGGCAGACCUGAUCCUGCUGAGAGAACGUAGCGACGCAGGGGGGAAAGUACGAGACUACCUCAUCCGCCGACGGGUCGGAGAGGAGGACUUCCUGGAAGUGAGGGUGGCGGUGGUGGGUAACGUGGAUGCCGGUAAGAGCACCUUGCUGGGGGUGUUGACCCACGGGGAGCUGGACAACGGCAGGGGGUUCGCCAGGCAGAAACUCUUCAGACACAAACACGAGAUGGAAAGUGGCAGGACCAGCAGUGUGGGGAAUGACAUCCUGGGCUUCGACCAGGAGGGACAGGUGGUGAAUAAGCCAGACAAUCACGGGGGCAGUCUGGACUGGACUAAGAUCUGUGAGAGGUCCUCUAAGGUCAUCACCUUUAUAGACCUGGCCGGCCACGAGAAGUACCUCAAAACCACUGUGUUUGGAAUGACCGGACACCUACCAGACUUCUGUAUGCUCAUGGUGGGCAGUAAUGCAGGUAUUGUAGGGAUGACCAAGGAGCAUCUAGGUCUGGCUCUAGCCCUGAACGUACCAGUCUUUGUAGUGGUCACCAAGAUAGACAUGUGUCCAGCCAACAUCCUAGCAGAGACUCUGCAUCUGUUACAGAGGUUACUGAAGUCCCCAGGAUGUAGAAAGAUCCCUGUACUGGUUCAAAACAAAGAUGAUGUCAUCGUCACUGCAUCCAACUUCAGCUCAGAGAGGAUGUGUCCAAUCUUCCAGGUCUCCAAUGUAACAGGAGAGAACAUGGACCUUCUGAAGAUGUUCCUCAACCUGCUGUCUUCUAAAACCUCCUAUAGAGAAGAUGAGCCUGCCGAGUUCCAGAUCGAUGACACCUACUCAGUACCGGGUGUGGGAACGGUAGUGUCAGGUACUACGUUACGUGGAUUGAUACGACUGAAUGACACGCUGCUGCUCGGCCCAGACCCCCUGGGCAGUUUCCUCUCCAUCGCUGUCAAAUCUAUCCACCGCAAGAGGAUGCCUGUCAAAGAGGUCCGGGGGGGACAGACCGCCUCCUUCGCGCUCAAAAAGAUCAAGCGUUCCUCCAUCAGGAAGGGGAUGGUAAUGAUCUCUCCCAGACUAACACCUCAGGCUACCUGGGAGUUCAUGGCUGAGAUACUGGUCCUGCACCACCCCACCACCAUAUCACCACGUUACCAGGCUAUGGUGCACUGUGGCAGCAUCAGACAGACAGCCACCAUUCUGACCAUGAACAGAGACUGUCUACGUACCGGGGACAAGGCCUCAGUCCACUUCAGAUUCAUCAAGACCCCUGAGUACCUCCACACAGACCAGAGACUGGUGUUCAGAGAGGGACGCACCAAGGCUGUGGGCACCAUCACCAAGCUGCUCCAGUCAGCCACCAAGGCCCAGCAGGCCAAGAUGCAGUCCACUAAGAAGGGCACCACGUCAGCCAAUGAGGAGGGAGGAUCCACUCUGCGUCCCGACAGCCCCAACACAGGACAGCUACCGACAGUGGGGGAGGAGGAGACGCUAUGUAAAGACGGCAACAAAGAGAACCAGCCCAAGUCAGGAGGUGGAGGCAGGAGGAGAGGGGGUCAGAGACACAGAGGAAAAGCCCUGAACAGCACAGCAUCACCAACAUCAUCACAACAACACACCCCAGCCGCAGCAGGAGUGGGCACCACUGUCUAACCCCCCCACCAGCUCCUCUUCUCUCUCUUAUCUUAUCCUCCUCUACAUCCUCUCUUCUAUCCUCAUUUUCCUGGUCCCUUUUCUAAUCAUUCUUGUUCCAAUUGGGGGGAAAGGCAUUAAUGUAGCAAAGGAAAGUAAGAAGAGAUGUGAAACAUGCAUUAAUCCUAAAUGAUACAGUAUAACAUGUCCAUCCUAGUUAGAUCACCAUUCUAGAAUAGUUCUAGAACAAUAGUUCUAGAAUGUCUCAAUAUGGCUUCUAUGGCAACUAACAACCAACCGACUGAACCGGCUCCUGGAAUAUAGCAGAAAGAAACGAGGUUUAUUCAAUCUAACAGAAUCUAACAGACAUGGUGUAGUAAUAGAAACAAACAAGGUUUAGUUUUAUUACAGACCGAUUCGUUAUUAGAUUCAUCAUUAUUUAGACAGGAAAGAAAUGGUGUAGUUCAGCCACAGAGGAGAUCUAACCUAUGUCUUAAGGGUUUGUCAUCCAGUCUAAUAACAACUGACUCAAGAUUCAAUCUAACAGACAAUAAAUGGUGUAGUUCACAAGGUUUAGAUGAAAUCUACCAGACCAGACCUGGCAUAGUAGGAAUCAUAAGAUUUAGAUUUGUUAUUAGAUUCAGCAUUAUUUAAACAGGAAAGGAAUAGUGUACUCCACAAGGUUUCGACUCAGUCUAACAGAACAGGAUAGGCGUGGUUCAGACACGAGAUAGGCCUACCUAACCAACCCCAAGCACAAUGUUCACUAGACUGCCAUCUGACUAUACAUAAAACAGAGGUUCCCAAACAUUUGGAUCAGGAUUCACACUGUAGGUCAUGGUUUGUUUGAUUUGGCCCUGGCUUUAUUUUAAUACGAAAAACUACAAUUAUGGGGUAAUUUGGGCAUUGAAAAGCUGGUAUAGAGAAACAAUCAUUUAAAUAUGUGUGCCUUUUUUAUGUUUGCCCAAAAAAAAAGCGUUAUUGGGAAUGGCAAUAGUGGAAACUAAUAUAAAAGCUUUAUAGUUUAAAUAGUGGAUUUUGGUCUUGGAGAAAUUAAACGAGCUACAAUGUUCAAAUGGAUGCAAAGUUCGUUCAAAGUUAUUUUGCAGUAAAAAACGUUGACGUGUACUGAAAAGCACAGACAGCACAUCUGUUCUAUAAUUAAUUUCAAAAGAAUUGGGAAUCGUUGCUCAGCUACCCUUGUAGCACGUUCUGUGUUGGAUUAUUUAUUUGGCUUUCAUAGAUGAAAGGGUUUGGAAAACCAAAGAAAGCGAAUACGGCUUAAAAGUAUUUCAGGAGGAUUUAGAAGUUUUCCAUGUUAUCCUCAAUACCCUCUCAAGGACAUUGAGCCCAAAAACGCAGGCGGAAUAAUAGUUUUAAGAUGUGUUGUUUUAUUCAGUCUCUAGUCAUGCACACCUUCUAUGAAAUGAUUUGUGUGAGAGGAACUAGGGGUUUUGGGAUUGAGGAUUUAGCUUUGUCCAUUUUUGUGGACAUGUUUCAAAUUUUAAUUUCUUUUUUCUAAGCUUUGAUAUGGUUUUAUCAGGUGGUGUGAGCGUUUUUAUUUUGGGUUUGUAUUGGGACGGGUCUCGGUGGUGGAAGGAUUGCAUUGGUUGUUACCACCAGGUAGAAGUUUAACCUUUAGUACAGAUCUAGGAUCGGUUUAUCCAACCCCAGAUCUUAUCCUGAAGCAUUAGAGGGGAAAACAACUGACCUUAGAUCAGGUUUAAAGGUAACUUAAUUUUAUUUCUUAUCUUUUUUUUUAUGAGCUAAUGUUAGUGACUGAUUUUAUUUUUGAAGGGACCGAGCGACACAUUUUAUGUGUGUGCAUCGUAUGUACAAAAAGGAAAGUUGUGCCGAAAGAAAAAGAAAGCCAUUUAACUUAAAACAGUGGUGCCAGUUUGUGUUGUAAAUCCUUUUAAAUAAAGAUGUUUCAGAGUAUCAA